CCUCUGCUGAUGCGCGAGAGGCGCUCCGAGUCCCACAGGAACAAGCUCCUGCGGCGGACGGUCAGCGUUCCCGUUGAGGGGCGGCCGCAUCCAGAGAUGGAUCACCGCGCCCGGCGGAAGAGCAUCGCCACAGGGAAGCAGCCCAGCAUGGAGAUCCCUCCCACCGCCCCCCCGCAACCCUUCCGACAACCCAGCUUCCUGAGCAGGAGGUUGAAGGGCUCCAUCAAGAGAGCCAAGAGUCAGCCCAAACUGGACCGCAGCAGCAGUUUCAGACACAUGAUCCUCCCCCGCUUCCGCAGCGCUGACCAGGACAGGACCCGUCUGAUGCAGAGCUUCAAGGAGUCCCACUCCCAUGAGUCUCUGCUGUCCCCCAGCAGUGCGGCCGAGGCGCUGGACCUCACCCUGGACGAAGAUGCCAUCAUCAAGCCCGUCCACUCCAGCAUCCUGGGCCAGGAGUAUUGCUUUGAGGUCACCACAGCGUCGGGGACCAAGUGCUUUGCUUGUCGCUCGGCCGCCGAGAGAGACAAGUGGAUCGAGAACCUGCAGAGAGCUGUCAAACCCAACAAGGACAACAGCCGCCGCGUGGACAAUGUGCUCAAACUGUGGAUCAUCGAGGCCCGCGAGCUUCCAGCCAAGAAGCGCUACUACUGUGAACUGUGCCUGGACGACAUGCUGUACGCGCGCACCACCAGCAAGCCCCGCACCGACACCGUCUUCUGGGGGGAGCACUUUGAGUUCAACAACCUGCCCGCCGUCCGCAACCUUCGCCUUCACCUCUACAAGGAGACGGACAAGAAGAGACGCAAGGAGAAGAGCACAUACUUGGGCCUCGUCAGCAUCCCCAUCUCCAGCAUCACCGGGCGUCAGUUUGUGGAGCAGUGGUACCCCGUCAUCCAGCCCAGCGUCCUCACCAAGGGAGCGGGCGUGGGCGGGGGGAAGAUCAUCAACGCGUCGCUCCGCCUCAAGUCCCGCUACCAGACCAUGAGCAUCCUGCCCAUGGAGCUGUACAAAGAGUUCGCCGAGUACGUCACCAACAACUACCGCACACUGUGCGCCGUGCUGGAGCCCGUGCUCAGCGUCAAGAGCAAAGAGGAGGUGGCGUGCGCACUGGUGCACAUCCUGCAGAGCACAGGGAAGGCUAAGGACUUCCUGUCAGACAUGGCGAUGUGUGAGGUGGACAGAUUCAUGGACCGAGAACACCUUAUCUUCAGAGAGAACACUCUGGCCACCAAAGCCAUAGAAGAGUACCUCAAGCUGAUUGGACACAAGUACCUCAAGGACGCUAUAGGUGAGUUCAUCAGAGCCUUGUACGAGUCAGAGGAGAACUGCGAGGUAGACCCCAUGCGGACCCCACCCUCGGUGCUCCCAGACCACCAAGCUAACCUACGCAUGUGCUGCGAGCUGGCGCUGUGCAAGAUCAUCAACUCCCAUUGCGUGUUCCCCCGGGAGCUGAAGGAGGUGUUUGCGUCGUGGAGGGUACGUUGUGCCGAGCGGGGCCGGGAGGACAUCGCGGACCGCCUCAUCAGCGGCUCGCUCUUCCUGCGCUUCCUGUGUCCCGCGGUGAUGUCCCCGUCACUCUUCAACCUGACACAGGAGUACCCCGACGAGCAGACCUCCCGCACCCUCACCCUCAUAGCCAAGGUGGUGCAGAACCUGGCCAACUUCUCCAAAUUCGGCACUAAAGAGGAGUACAUGUGCUUCAUGAAUGAGUUCCUGGAGAUGGAGUGGGGCUCCAUGCAGCAGUUCCAGUACGAGAUCUCCAAUUUGGACAGCGUGAGCAACGCGGGCAGCUUCGAGGGCUACAUCGACCUGGGCAGGGAGCUGUCCAUCCUCCACAGCCUGCUCUGGGAGGUCAUGGCCCAGCUCAGCAAGGACGCCAUCAUCAAACUGGGCCCGCUGCCCCGCCUCCUGAACGACAUCAGCAUGGCGCUGCGUAACCCCCACCUCCAGAGGCAGCCCAGCCACCAGGGCCCCGGCCGCCUGCAGGAGAAGCAGUCGGGCCGCUUGCUCUCUAGGCCCAGCUUCAACAGGGCCCCCUCCUCCGAGUUCCAGAGGUACGACAACUCUAUAGAUAUCACUCGCUUGCCUUCCCCCACCACUGGGGUACCCGGCGGGGGAGUCAUGCCCUCGCGCCCCCAGUUGAGUUUCCAGGAACGGGAGCACCUCCAGCGGGCCAACUCCAAAGAUGUUUUCUACGUGACGCGCCCCCCCCUGGCGCGCUCCAGCCCCGCCAACUGCACCAGCAGCUCUGACAUCACCGAUCCGGACCCCAAGGUGAUGUCAAUCAAAAAGCGCCUUUCUGUAAUGGACCUCCAGGAUCCCCGAAUGAACAGCGUGUCUAACCUGCGCUCGGUGGACAUGCUACACUCCUCUCAGGCCUCCAUCGGCGGCGGCAUGGGCAGCUUCGGCGGGCUGAGCAGCGGGGGCGGUGGCGGCCUGGGCUCGGGCCUCAGCAGCCAGCUCCGGGCCGGCGGGCGUCUGUCGGCCGGCUCUGGGGGCUCCAGCAUGUCUGGCGGCCUCCGGCUGAGCCAGAUGGGCGCCACCACCGACUCGCUGUCCCAGCAGCAGCAACAGCAGGCCGCCGCCAUGCGCUACCCGCUUUCCUUCCAGAACCCCCUCUUCCACCUGGCCACCGCGGACGGACCCCAGCAACAGCAGCAGCAGCAGCAGCAGCUCCACCACCAGCACAGCCGGGCCCAGCCCCCGCCGCCCCUGCUCCUGGCCCCCGACCCGGAGCCCUCCCACCAGUCCUACGUGCCCCAGUUCGCCCACGGAGGGUUCUCCCGGAGCGAGGACCUGUCCACCCUCAGGACCCGGGACGGGCACCUGAACCAGCCCAGCAUCAUCCACUCCCACAGCUACAGCGACGACUACACCCGUGCGGACCAGGGACGCAGGCAGCUCUCCAUGCACAUGCAGGAUAACAUCCCACCGCAACACAUGAUGGGCAUGGCGUCCCAGACGGGGACCUCCCACUCCUCCCUGGCCACACCCCCUUCCACAGUCCAGCCAGUGCGCCAGAGUUCCAUCGCCCCGCCUCCCGCCCAGCGCGUCAAAUCACAGACCUCGCAUCAGCUGUCUGUCAGCGCGGCGGCCACGCCCUCGGCGCCGGCCAAGACGCGGCCUCAGAGCGGGAACCUCCUCCAGUCCCCCGAGUCGGGCUACGCCGGGAGGCAGCCGGGUCCCAGGCAGCUGUCCGUCAAGGGCAGCACCCCACCGGGCCUGCCCCACCAACAGAGCUCAGUCCGGGAGAACCAGAGUCCGCAGGGAACCACCAAUCAGAGCAAUCAGCAGUCGCCACAGCAACCCCAGCAACAGCAUCUGCUGAAGCCCACCAUGAGCAAACAGGGUUCCCAGACUCAAUCCAGCCUCAACCCCCCCACCCCGGCCAACGAGCGGACGGUGGCCUGGGUGUCCAACAUGCCUCACCUCUCGGCGGACAUCCCGCUGAGCGCCCGGUCCGACCGCGAGGACUUCAAGCUGAAGGAGUACUCGAAGAGCAUGGACGAGUCUCGCAUGGAGAGGGUGAAGGAGUACGAGGAUGAGAUCCACUCGCUGAAGGAGCGCCUGGUGAUGUCCCACAAAAAGCUAGAGGAGUACGAGAGGAGGCUGCUGAGCCAGGAGCAGCAGACCAGUCAGAUCCUCCUGCAGUACCAGAACCGGCUGGACGACAGCGAGCGCCGGCUUAGGCAGCAGCAGCACGAGAAAGACUCCCAGAUUAAAGGGAUAAUCAGCAGACUGAUGGCUGUGGAAGAUGAAAUAAGAGGAGCCCCGGUGGUCAUUGAGCCCAAAACCAGAAUGUUUGCCGAUCAGGGGCGUCGUCAGUCUAUCCUAGUGCAGCCCCGCCUCGCUCCCGCCCCGCCCCGAGUCUCCAGCCACUCACAAAGCUUCGUGGAGGACAUCCUGGAACCUAAUUGGCUGGGCCGUGUGAAGUCCAAAGGGUGGCACAGCCAAAUGUCAAGGGCCCUCUCUCGGGACGCGAUUGGCUGA